AUGAUCAUUGGCGCAGAACGGGCAUUGGGCAUAGUCUUGGGGCCGGAGUACGUCACUCACGGACACAAAUAUCUGAGCGGGUUGAGAUUGACCUGUAAGAAACCACAAAUUUGAAAGAUGAAACCAACAUCAAUUUCAGGCGUGAGUGUUAUUCUCAGCUGUGUCUCAAUUUCUUUCGCUUCUGUUGUUUUCUUGAAAAUGAUUCCCACAAAACCAUUUCGCAAUCGCUAUGUUUGUGGAAUAGACGGGUAUUUUUACUAUUUGAUCUAGGUCAAUCUCGUAUUUCUCUUAUUUUCAGCGGCGGCCCAAUUGGAUAUGUCAUUGUCCGCCUAAUUGUUUAUUUUGGCUGCUUGGCUGUCAUUCUGGUCGCUAUUGGAGCCAUUCUUCAAAAGCGGGUAGGCAGCCCAAAUAAUCAUUAUUUUUUAUAUUAUAUUCUGUUUAGGCUGCCGCGGUAAUACCACCAAACACUCAAGAAUAUGCCGAGUUCAUAAAACGAAACAGGGCAAUGCAGGAGCAUCGGAGCAGAGCUAAACUGGUACGGGGACAAUCUGUUUAUCUUAAAAACACGCUUCAUUUCAGAUGAUAUUGAUCACAUGUGUCUUUUUGUGCAUCGAAGGCCCCUACAUUACCAUGUGUUUCUUCUAUGAAACCUAUAAUAGUCGGGAAUUCUCAGACGUAAGUAUCGAUAUACCACAAGAUGCCGACACUCUUAUAACAUGGCUGAAAUUUGUGUUUCCACUGAUUUGUCCUAUAAUUGUGAGUUUCAAACUGCACAUCAUUUCAAAAAGUUCUCAAGUUCAUUCAGAUGCUGAGUUGGUGCAAUGAUGUGUGGACGAAAGUGAAAGAAGUGAUGUGUUGUCGGUCGUAUGAUCCUCCCACUAUUGGUCACAUGCCUGGACUGAAAGGUUGGAAAAGAAUAACGGGAGAUUGAAAAAAAGACAACUUUCAGAGAACUCGGACGUUUCGCCAGUAAUGACGGUUGUCGCAGGUGAUCACGGUCUCCGAGUGAAAGCCGAUGGAAGUGGUUACCCGAUGAGGCCACAAUGGAACUCUCCCCCAUCAGUUUCCAGCUAUGAAAGUGACACUCCCAGCUGUAUAAAUACCAUCGCUACGUGCAAUACAAUUGUUCACUUUUCAGCAGUCACCCAAGAAACUAACAUCCCUGCUGUUCAAUCUCGACAAGUUUCCAGUGUUUCCACGAGCACACCGUCACCAAGCGAAACACCGAAAACAAAAUCUACAAUUGCAAAGAAACACGUGGAUGCGCCUUCCCGAAUCCCAAGACAGAUACCGCAGUUCAAAACUAAACGAGCAACGAAAGCGAAACCAUCCUCCAUCCCUGUCCCAAAAAUGUGA